GCUCAGGCUGCAUGAAGAAAAGGUUAUUAAGGAUAGACGGCAUCAUCUCAAAACCUACCCAAACUGUUUUGUUGCCAAAGAACUGAUUGACUGGCUGAUUGAGCACAAAGAGGCAUCCGACAGAGAGACGGCAAUUAAACUCAUGCAGAAGCUGGCAGACCGUGGCAUCGUUCAUCACGUGUGUGAUGAGCACAAGGAGUUCAAGGACGUCAAGCUCUUCUACCGCUUCAGGAAGGACGAUGGCACCUUUCCGCUGGACAGCGAGGUGAAGGCCUUCAUGAGAGGACAGCGGCUGUACGAGAAGCUGAUGAGCCCCGACAGCACACUCCUGCAGGCCCGGGAGGAGGAGGGCGUGCGCUACGAGCGCACCUUCAUGGCCUCCGCGUUCCUGGACUGGCUGGUGCAGGAAGGCGAGGCCACCACGCGGCAAGAGGCAGAGCAGCUGUGCCGGCGUCUGGUGGAGCACAGCAUCAUCCAGCACGUAUCCAACAAGCACCCGUUCGUGGACAGCAACCUCCUCUACCAGUUCAGGAUGAAUUUCCGGCGCCGCCGGCGGCUGAUGGAGCUGCUCAGCGAGAAGUCCCCGUCCUCCCAGGAGGCGCACGACAGCCCUUUCUGCCUGCGGCGGCAGAGCCAGGACCGCCGCAAGUCCGCCAGCUUUAUGUCGGUGAGCCCCAGCCAGGAGGUCAAGGCCGCAUCCGUGGGGCGGAGGAGCAGUGUGAGCAGCAGUGGCAGUGGCUACUUCAGCAGCAGCCCCCCGCUCGGCAGCAGCCCCCCCGUGCUCUGCAACCCCAAGUCCGUGCUGAAGAGGCCCGUCACGGCAGAGGAGCUGCUGACCCCCGGGGCCCCGUAUGCCAGGAAGACCUUCACGAUCGUCGGCGACGCGGUGGGCUGGGGCUUUGUGGUGCGAGGGAGUAAGCCCUGCCACAUCCAGGCUGUGGACCCCAGCGGCCCGGCUGCCGCCGCCGGAAUGAAG